UAUAGUUCCAGGGGUACCCAGGGCACAAAUAAACACUCACCCCAAAUCUCCCCCUUCAUAUCUUAAUACAGGAAGGUAUAGGAUAAAAAGUCCCCCUUACAAGGGUAACAGUGCAACAACCUGGGGGGGACACAGCUGUGGAAAUUGUCUCAGCCAAAGGACCAAGAGCUUACAAUCAAGAUAUCUCCUGCAAAAAAAUACUCCAAGCUCUGCCCCUUUGUUUUCAGUCAGGCAAAGACUAGUGCCCCUUUAAUUUUGUUGCUGUUUCUGUACAUUGAUGGGAAAGUGGGUUCUCCUGGGAGCAUGGGGAGGUGCAAGAGAGCUGAGCCAGCGAAUGGGAAUCAGUGGGAAGUUCCAUGUGACAGUUGCCAGUGACAGUGGGAGAUAUGAGUGUGAGCGCACUGAUUCUCACUCUCGCACUAUUACUUAGCCUCACAAUGACAGAGAAUUGGGCACGCAGCACUUUCACAUUAACCCCGACAGUGCCAGACAGCGUUCACACCCCAUUGGGUUAAAUGCUGGCACUUUUUUUUAACCAUUUUAAGCAAAAUUAAGCACUUUGCCCAGAGUUGGUAAAUAAGCCCUUUAGUUGCCACUUUGUGCUACAACAUGGGAAUCAAUCCUGGUACUAUAAUUGUCUGUAAUUGCUUUCUGGCAAACACCAUAAGCCAUAUUUUGCUUUAUGGCAAACAUGAAUAGGAGCAAUGUUCUAUUGGAUUUACAGCACUGCUGUCUGGAGAGGCCUGAGCAAGUCUCCUCUCACCCCACUCGUGUUCACCUUCACCCGCAGGUUAGAGAGGGGCAGGAUUUACACCUACAUUGGGGAAGUUGUGGUGUCAGUGAUCCCCUACACAUCCAUGGAACUGUACGGCAAAGUAAUGAUUGACUUUUACCGGAGUCGGGAGUUAUACGAGCGCUCCCCACACCUUUACGCCAUUGCAGACGCCGCAUAUAAAGCCAUGAAGUGCCGAGCUCAGGACACCUGUAUUGUUAUAUCAGGAGAGAGCGGCUCUGGACAGACAGAAGCAAGCAAGUAUAUCUCGCAGUAUUUAGCAGCCAUCACCAACCCAACCCAGCGCCAGGAGGUGGAAAGAGUAAAUAAUGUCCUGUUGAAGUCUAACUGCGUCCUGGAAGCCUUUGGCAACGCCAAGACCAACCGCAACGACAAAUCCAUCCGCUUCGGCAAGUACAAGGACAUCAACUUAUAAUUGGGGAAAUGGGGACCUGUGGCUCCUUGAAUCUCUUUAAGAGGCGCUAUACCAACCUCAGCCAGCAGGUAGUGCUAUUUAGCUGCUCUGUGUGUUGCUUGGAGGGGGCAUUUUUUACUUGUACCAACUUCAGGCAGCAGGUGGCGCUGUUCUGAGUGCUGAGAAUAGGGAGCAGCCCAGAAACAGGGAGCACUGAGGGGGGAGAUUCAAUUUAUUGACCUGGGUGUGGGUACUAGGACAAAUAAUACAAUUAAUUUCACAUAGGCUUAUCCUAUAAUUAAUUGGGCUUUGUUAUCUUUAGGGCUUUUACAGACGAGCGUUUUUAGGAGUAGACGCACCGAA